AUGUCAGACUCCUCUGAUUCGGAUGACAACUCAUGCUCGACUUUGUUGAAUUUCCCACUAGAUACCGAAUCACCUUUGCUUCAUACUGAACCACGCUUAACGACGUACGGAACAAUACCUAAGCGGAAGAAGGCACCAUCGCGGAGGCGCAAGAGGACAUCCCGACAAAGCUCAGCCGCUGGGCAACACCAUAUCCAUUCGCCAGAAUUUUACCUCCUCGAUGCCGAAGGGAACACCCAAAGAUAUAGAGUAGUCCCUGCGGACGUUGAGACUGGCCGGAGAGCUUCCUCUCCUGCACACUCCGAUCAUCUAUCGAAACGUGCGGACUUUUUUGCUGAAAUAUUAUUCUUGAUUGUAAUCAUUGUCGGCGUCGUUUUCGUGACCUACAAUAUGCCAUCGCGUCAUUCAUCAUACUAA